AUGACGAUUCUUAUCUUUGUAAGUGACCCACAAUUUGGUUAUUGGUGCAAUGAGAAAUUAAGAAAACAGCACACUUUUAUGACUGUCAUUUCACAGUCACUCAAAUCAGAACUGGAAUGCCACAAAAACAACUCCCUGUUAGCCCAGAGAAGAAAAAAAAGAAAGAAAGUAAAGGGGAAAUUCAGAUUAGUCACAAAGAAGUUCCCCGCCUGCCUGCAAGGCACCAGCAUUAAAACUGAGAGAGUCCGCUGUGCUCUUUCAAUUGCCUCUUAUCUCUGGUCCUAGGACCUGUGUGGAUGUGCUGCUGAUUGACACACGUCCUGUCUUCAUCUCCUGCUUGGCAGGGGUGAGGUCAGUUCUCCCUCAGGUUUCCCUUUGGCCCAGUCCUCAUCUUUCUUGCAUCCCCACUGUGAAGAUGGAAGGGGUCCAACCCCUGGAUGAGAAUGUGAGAAACGUACCAGGACUGAGAUUCCAGACCAACAAGAUAUUGCUGGUGAGCUCCGUGGUCCAGGGGCUGGGGCUGCUCCUGUGUCUCACCUACGUCUGCCUGCACUUCUUUGCUCCUCAGGUGCCGCCUAAGUACCCUCCAGUUCAGAGUAUCAGAGUACAGUAUAUCCGGUGUGAAAAUGAGAAAGGUUUCAUCCUCAUGCCCCCAAGGAAGGAGGAGAUCAUGAAGGUGCAAGACAACGCCAUCCCCAUCAUGUGUGAUGGUUUUUAUCUCGUCUCCCUGAAGGGCUUCUUCUCCCAGAGGCUCAGCCUCAGCCUUCACUACCGGGAAAACCAGCCCCCGCUCUUCUCCCUGCACUGGGUCACGUUUGUCAACUCCAUGACUGUGGUCCCUCUGGGCUACAAGGACAAAGUCUACUUGAAUGUGACCACUCACAAUACCUCCUGCCAGGACAUCCAGGUGAACGGUGGGGAGUUAAUUCUCAUUCAUCAAAAUCCUGACGAGUUCUGUGUCGAAUGA